AUGGGUUAUUUGCCAGCACCUUGUGUGACACCAGCCAGACCAUUUACUCACUGCGGUGUCGACUACGCCGGCCCAAUUCAAGUACGUGCCUCCAAAGGCCGAGGAAAAGCCUCGUACAAGGGGUGCAUUGUGCUUUUCGUAUGCUUCGCUACAAAGGUCGUACACUUGGAACUUGCCAGUGACUUAAUCAUAAACACAUUUAUCACCGCUUUCCCACGCUUCGUAGCUUGUCAAGGAAUAUGCGCCCAUCUGUAUAGCGACAAUGCAUCCAAUUUCGGAGACGCUGACACGGAGCUCAAGGCCAUGUUCAAAGCUGCUUCCACAACCUAUCACCAAGCUGCCGCUGUUUUGGCCAAGGAUAAAGUAACUUGGACGUUUAUCCCACCAAACAUACCCCACUGUGGAGGCUUAUGGGAAGCCGGAGUGAGAUCCGUCAAACACAAAUGA